CAUCAAACAACGGAUUCGUGGUUCCCGACAGAGAAUAACUACGGUUAAAACGAACCAAGGAAAAUGACGAAUACUGGAGAAACUAAAGUUAUUGAAUCUCAUGGAACCAUUAAGAAGAUCGAUUCUCUGUCCACAAUGCCAUAUUGAUCUCUCCCGAGAUUCAUAUCGAAUCACAUGAUGAUUCUGGAGAAGAUAUAUAACACUCCGCCCUUAGAAUCCUGUUUGCCACAUUUCUUCAUUUGUCGCUAACAAAUUUUGUUUCCUCGGAGACUCUAGUUGAAAUGGCCGUUUUAAGUAAAAAUGGUGUUGAGACCGAUGAGAAUGCGGUUGUCGAGGAGAAGAUAACUCUGGAAUCUGGAAAGAGCUGGUCACCAAAGCAUUAUGAACUUCUUCACGAGAGAAUUGAACGUCUUAUCGAUGAGAAACAACAAUUCUUCUCUCUUGAAUUCUUCCCACCUCGAUUUGUCAAUGGAGUUCCAAACUUCUUAGAGCGUGUUGAACGUCUUUCCGAAGGUGGAUCCGUCUUUGUCGAUAUGACAUGGCAUAUGGGAAGUGAUCCAGCUAACGUCGAUAAAGUGACUUCAUCGUCUUCGAUUGCUGCUUCAAUGCUUGAUUAUUGUGGAGUCGACACUAUGUUGCAUAUGACUUGUGUUCAAUACAAUAAAGCUGAUACUUUGAAACAUCUCGAGCAAGCCAAGGCAAUGGGAUUGAGAAGUAUUCUUGCUUUGAGAGGAGAUCUCCCACCGGGCACUGAGCUCGAAGAUACCCAUCAAUUCCGUGCACUUGAUAUGAUCCGCUGGAUCCGCGAAGAAUAUGGAAACUACUUCUCAAUUGGUUGCGCAGGAUAUCCUCUUGGACAUCCACAAGCUCCGUCUUACAAAGCUGAUCUUAUGUACUUGAAGGCAAAAUGUGAUGCUGGAGCAAACUUCGUCAUUACUCAAUUAUUCUUUGAGGCUGAAACUUUCGAAAAGUUUGUGCGCGACUGCCGUGAAAUUGGAAUCACUCAGCCAAUUAUUCCGGGAAUCAUGCCAAUUAUGGGUUAUGAGUCUAUCAAACGUAUUGCCAAACUCUCACAACUUGAGAUUCCACAACAUAUUCUUGAUGAUCUCGAACCAAUCAAGCACGAUGAUGAUGCUGUUCAAAAGUACGGAACAGAGCGUUGCAUUGAAAUGUGCCGCCGUCUUCUUGACAAUGGAACUGCCCCUUCCAUCCAUCUAUACACUAUGAAUCGUGAAGGAAGUAUUCGUGAAAUUCUCAAAUCUCUUGGUCUCUGGAAACUCGAGGGUGAUCGUGUUUUCCCAUGGAAAAAUCGUUCGCAACAUCCUAUCAGAUGUCUGGAAAGUGUUCGUCCAAUUUACUGGAGUUUCCGCCCACGCAGUUACAUCACCAGAACUCGUGAUUGGGAUCAAUUCCCUAACGGAAGAUGGGGAAACAGUUCAUCGCCAGCAUUUGGAGAUGUCAGCAGCUACUACUUGUCUAAUUUGACGACUGUUCGAAACGCCGAUGACCGUCUAGCUAUGUUCGGAGCCAACAUCGAGAGUUUUGAAGACGUCAAGCGCGUGUUCAUCAACUACAUUACUCAAGCUCCAAACGCCGAUGGCGUCAAGGUUACUGUACUUCCAUGGACAGAAGCUGAAACUGGUGUUCAGCCAGAAACUUCAUUGAUCAGUGAACAACUUGUUUGGUGUAAUGAGAAUGGAAUUCUGACCGUCAACAGUCAGCCAUCAGUUAAUGGAGCUCCAUCCACUGAUCCACUUGUUGGGUGGGGAAAACCAGGAGGUUACUGCUACCAAAAGGCAUACCUCGAAUGCUUCAUGACCGCGGAGUUGUCCGACAAGCUCAUUCAAAUCAUCGAGAGAGAAUUCCCAGUCAGAGUUAACUACCAUGCCAUCAAUAAGGAUAGUACCUUCGACAAGACCAACAGCGAAGAAACCACUCCGAUUGCAGUUACUUGGGGAGUAUUCCCAGGAUCUGAGAUUGCCCAGCCAACAGUCGUCGAUCCACUCUCUUUCCGCGCAUGGAGAGAUGAAGCUUACCAAAUGUGGAUGGCCCAAUGGGGAGAUUUUUAUCCAAAAGAAUCUAAAUCAUAUGGAGUCAUCAAGGCUGUUCAUGAUGAGUUCCGUUUGGUUACUCUCGUCGACAACGACUUCCAGAAGCCAUCAGUUCUUUUCGACGUACUUCAAAAGGCCCUCGACGAGCUGAAAAAGUAAAAAUCAUCAAACUAAUUUGACUUUUUGACACGUCUGAUUUCAAUUCAUUCAAUUUUCCACCACGAUAUUCACUUCCGUUGAUGAAAUACACCAUUGGUUGGGACACUUCCCCUUAUUCUCUAUUACCAGUAUUACCCUAUUAAGUUUUAGCUUCAACAACCCCCGAUUCAAAAUCGCUCCCUCUUUUAUUUUAUUUAUUUCCGGCUUCCUUGUUUAAUAAAAUAUCAAUAAUC